AUGGUUGCAGGACAUCUCUAUUUUCUGCAACUAAGACUUCAAGGUUUUCACGAGCUUCUUCUGAGUAUUAUGGGUGAUGAUAAUGGUUUUGAUGAAAGCUACGAGCAGACUGAUACUGAUACGGUCUUUUUUCUGCAUCAAUAUGAUAUGCCUUUUCGUUUUGACAACAAAUUUCACGUCAUGGCAUUCAACUGGGAAUCUCAUAAAUGUGAUUGGUGGGGAAAUCUAGAGUGUAAAAUUCACGAUAUUGCUAAAAGUGGAUUUACCUCUGUGUGGUCACCUCCAACUCAUUCCAUUGCUCCUCAAGGUUACCUCCCUCAGAACCUGUACUCCCUAAACUCUUCAUAUGGUUCUGAGGACAUGCUGAAAGCUUUACUUCAGAAAAUGAAGCAGUGUAAGGUUAGAGCAAUCGCUGGCAUAGUCAUCAAUCAUCGUGUUGGGACUGUUAGAGGACAUGGAGGAAUGCAUAAUCGUUUUGAUGGAAUACCAUUACCAUGGAACGAGUGUGCUGUUACCUCGUGCUCUGGUGGCCUGGGCAAUCGUAGCACUGGGGACAACUUCCACGGCGUUCCAAACAUUGAUCAUAGCCAAACUUUUGUCCGUAGAGAUAAGCUGAAGUGGCUAUGCAACAGUGUUGGGUUUCAGGAUUUUCGUUUUGAUUUUGCAAGGGGUUUUUCUGCAAAAUUCGUGAAAGAAUAUAUAGAAGCAGCAAAGCCAAUGUUUUCUAUUGGAGAGUAUUGGGAUCCUUAUAAUUAUAAUGGCCAUGACUUGGACUAUAAUCAAGAUAGGCAUAGACAAUGGAUAAUAAAUUGGAUUGAUGGCACAGGACAACUUUCAUCUGCUUUUGAUUUUACAACUAAGGGAGUUCUUCAGGAAGCUGUUAAAGGACAAUUAUGGCGUCUGCGUGACUGUCAAGGAAAGCCACCAGGUGUGAUGGGGUGGUGGCCUUCAAGGGCCGUGACAUUCUUAGAUAACCAUGAUACUGGUUCAACACAGGAAGCAAUGGAGAAAAGAAGUAUUGAUGCAUACCUGCAUGAAGUUAUAAUGUCUGGUUGUUCUACGGCUUUUAUAUGGCCAGAUAUGCUGCCAACAGAACAGUUACUGGAUUCCGUUCCAUUUGCCUAUGUAGCUUUCAUGUUAUUGGAGGAAAUUAUCUUUUGCCCAUUGGCCCUUUCCUGCCAACCAUAUCAUGGAGGGAUUCCAACAGUAUUUUAUGACCACUUCUAUGAUUGGGGUGACUCGGUGCACAGCGAGAUAGUAAAAUUAAUGGACAUUCGGAAACGUCAAGACAUCAACAGUCGGUCAUCUGUGAAGAUCCUCGAGGCACGAUCAGAUCUUUAUUCUGCAGUAAUUGGGGAGAAACUGUGCAUGAAGAUCGGAGUGGUUCUUGGUGCCCUUCUGGUUCGGAAUGGACUAUUGCAACCUCUGGCCGCAGAUAUGCAGUAUGGGAAAAAUAAGGUUUGGAGAUUUUAUCUACUUUCCCCAACUUUUUCCGGAAAUUUAAAUACACCAUGCUGUCAAGUCUGUUAUAGAAAUGAUUGCUCUAUUCAAGCAAACUACCCUUCCCUAUGUGGAGCUUUGAGUGCUAUAUAUGGUGGACUGACUCUCGAACAAAGUUUAUUGUACUUGGAGAAUAGUUAUUCAUUAUUUGGAUUAUGUAGAUACUUACCCCAAUAUCUCUUUGUUUACGGAUUCGUCCAUGCUUUUAUUAAGUUAGAGUAGAUGGUAAAAUGGUGCUCAUCACGAAAUUGUUCAAUGACAUUACUAAAGGUCGUUGUCGUU